UUCUCCCUUUCCAUUAUGGAACCCAAAAACUUACGAAUUGUUUAAGUUGCCACCCGUUUGCUCAAAAAAUUUAUCGGAUCAUUCAUCUUCCAUUAUUAUGUUAGAUUGUUUGCUCAGAAUUUGAUGAGAGAUAACGGAACAGCUGGAAAUUUUUGGAACGUUUGUUAAUUGGCCGGUACAAGAUUUGGGAACAUUUCGGUUUGAUCUGUAUAACUUGGACCAGAAAUGUUCUGAUGAAAUUGGUCCAUUAAUUGAUUUCCUGGUCGGCGCUAAUUUUUUCCAUCACUGAUUAUGCGCUGCGUGAUCAGUUUUUCUAUUGUUAUUUUUUUAAUUGGAGUUCGUGUGGAAUUUGAUCAGUGCUGUUAUGUGAUUGAUGUUGUGCAUUUUUUUGUCCACUUGGAUUCCGGAAUUUUUCGGGGGCGAUUUGAGUCUUUGAUGCGGAAUGGAAUAUGGAUUCGAUACUGGAAGGGCUUCUUAAAUUGCCAGAGAAUAGGGAAUGUGCUGACUGCAAAUCUAAAGGUCCAAGAUGGGCUAGUGUGAAUUUAGGCAUAUUUAUAUGUAUGCAGUGUUCGGGGAUCCAUAGAAGUCUUGGGGUACACAUAUCGAAGGUGCGGUCUGCUACCCUGGACACUUGGCUUCCAGAGCAGGUUGCCUUUAUUCAAUCCAUGGGAAAUGAGAAGGCAAAUAGUUACUGGGAAGCCGAACUACCUCCAAAUUACGAUAGAGUUGGAAUUGAAAAUUUUAUUCGUGCAAAGUACGAUGACAAGAGAUGGAUUCCAAAGGAUGGAAAAACAAAAUCAUCGACUAGAGGGCAGGAAGACAAGGCUUCCGUGCAUUGGCAGAGACCUGGGGAAAGAAGUGGUCCGGGCCCUAGUUCUGGUUCUGAAAAGACAUUUGAGGAAAGGAAGAACACUCGACCAUCUAGUACUAUGCCCUCUACCAAAAUGAGUAUUCCCAUUCCACCUAAAGGACCUGAGCAGGUUACUCCUGUUCCAAAGUCUCAACACACACAGAAAAUAGAACCUGCACCAGCGGUGCCCCAAGCUGAAGCAACAAAGCAGCCUUUGAAUGCUGCUUCUGCUGUCUCUCCACCAAAGGUUGACUACGCAACUGACCUUUUCAACAUGUUAACCAUGGAUGCUCCAAUUGCAAACGGCUCAGGGGAAGCUGCACCUGAUGAUAAUUCUUGGGCAGGUUUUCAGUCUGCUGGAGAAGCACUGACAGCUGAGAAAACUGGUACGACAAAACCAGUUGAAAAUGGUCCCCAGUCUACCUCUGGAAUUGAGGAUCUUUUUAAAAAUUCACCGUCAGUUAUACCUACUUCAGUUUCAGAGAAACCCCAGAAACAUGGAAAUAAUGAUAUUAUGAGCCUUUUUGAGAAGUCAAGCAUGGUGUCGCCAUUUUCUGUGCAUCAACAACAACUUAUGAUGCUUGCUCAGCAACAGUCCCUUCUCAUGGCUGCUGCAGCUAAAUCUGCUGGUGGGGAACUGAAAGUUCUUGGCACUACACAACAACCUGGGUGCAAUGGCAGUAUCAAUUUGCCCACUCAAAGUUGGGCGAAUGCUGGCUACCAGAUGCCUGGAAUGACAAGGAACGUGGUGCCAGCAUAUCCAGUGGGCAGCUCUGUUCCAUAUCCUACAUCUAGCAUGUAUUCCGUGGGGCAAUCCACCCAAUUUAAUACUGCCGCCACCAGUGCAGUAAGGAAACCUCAAUCGGCAUCUGCAGCAUCAUCUGUGUCUCCAACUCGAGCAGGGAAUGAUUAUGAUUUCUCCUCCCUAACUCAAGGGAUGUUCUCAAAACAGUAAGUUGCCUUUCGGGCGAUGAUGCUUGCUUUGCCAUACUAUACAAAAUUAGAUUAAUUACAGGAAAAUAGCACUUGGACAUUUCUUAUAUGUACUCGCGAUUGUAAACCAUUUGUAGAGGCAGUUCAUAUUUCUUUCCCCUUCAUAUCUGAGUGAUUCGUUCAUUUGUACCACUAGUUGUAUCUGGAGUAAUAAAAAAUGAGUUUAGAUUGGUUUCGAA